UGACCCCGUCUGGGUCCAAACCUGAUCUGGACCCUGUCCUCACACGCUGGAGAGAUAGUGAGAGAUCUGCUCUGGAGUUCCUGGCGGUCUGGGACCAGGAGGAUGGGCUCUGGACACUACCUGGGGGUCCUGUCCAAUCAGACGAGCCCCUGCCAGACAGAUUACUGAGGAUUAUGGGGCAGAAGAUCUAUGACACGAUAAAAACUAAGAUGGUAGAGGUAACCAAGGUCCAUGAGGGCUACGUAGACGACAUCAGGAACACAGACGAUGCCUGGGUAGAAACUACAGUCCUGAACAUCCAUCUAGACCGGAGAAGUCUACUGAUGGCUGAUAUCAACCGCAUG